CAGGGCGGGCGCAGGCGCAGGCGCUGGCGCAGAGAGGCGCACAUUUUAUGAAUAGCAAAUCAAUUUCUCCCUGUUCCUCUUACAUCGAGGCUGGACACACGUUUACAGGGGAUCAGUGUGAAGGGAAGCUGACUUGGAUAUCUUUGUGUGCUUCUUGGGGCCCUUGGAAGGGUGUCUGUGGGGUUUCCGUGAGGCCAAAGACAGAGGUUCCUUCUCACGAGGAUGGUGUUUGCUUUCACAUGGACAGCCCAGACCACCUGGAACCAAGUGCACAGAAGCCCCACCAUCCCCGGGCCUCCCAGGUGUGAUGGGUGAGCGGUCCAAGUCCGCAGGAGGCCAGAGGCUCUUUGUGGUUGAAUCUAGUGGCCGCAAACCCAAAGGUGCGGGAGCAAGUGCGGCUGGAGCUGAGCUUCGUCAACUCAGACCUGCAGAUGCUCAAGGAAGAGCUGGAGGGGCUGAACAUCUCGGUGGGCGUCUAUCAGAACACAGAGAUUUUAUCCUGGAACAUUACAGUGAAGAUGGCUAUUUAUAUGAAGAUGAAAUCACAGAUCUUAUGGAUCUGAGACAAGCUUGUCGGACGCCCAGCCGGGAUGAGGCCAGGGUGGAACUGCUGAUGACAUACUUCAUCCAGCUGGGCUUUGUUGAGAAUCGAUUCUUCCCACCCACACGGCAGAUGGGAUUCCUGUUCACCUGGUAUGACUCCCUCACUGGGGUUCUGGUCAGCCAGCAGAACCUGCUGCUGGAGAAGGCCAGUGUCCUGUUCAACACUGGGGCCCUCUACACCCAGAUUGGGACCCGGCGCUAUCGGCAGACGCAGGCUGGGCUGCAGAGUGCCAUAGAUGCCUUUCAGAGAGCUGCAGGGGUUUUAAACUACCUGAAAGAGACAUUUACCCAUACUCCAAGUUACGAUAUGAUCCCUGCCAUGCUCAGCGUGCUUGUCAAAAUGAUGCUUGCACAAACCCAAGAAAGCGUGUUUGAGAAAAUCAGCCUUCCUGGGAUCUGGAAUGAAUUCUUCAUGCUGGUGAAGGUGGCUCAGGAGGCUGCCAAGGUGGGAGAGGUCUGCCAACAGCUGCACGCAGCCAUGAGCCAGGCGCCGGUGAAAGAGAACAUCCUCUACUCCUGGGCCAGCUUGGCCUGCGUAAAGGCCCACCACUACGCGGCCCUGGCCCACUACUUCACUGCCAUCCUCCUCAUCGACCACCAGGUGAAGCCAGGCACGGAUCUGGACCACCAGGAGAAGUGCCUGUCCCAGCUCUACGACCACAUGCCAGAGGGGCUGACACCCUUGGCCACACUGAAGAAUGAUCAGCAGCGCCGACAGCUGGGGAAGUCCCACCUGCGCAGAGCCAUGGCUCAUCACGAGGAGUCAGUGCAGGAGGCCAGCCUCUGCAAGAAGCUGCGGAGCAUUGAGGUGCUACAGAAGGUGCUGUGUGCAGCACAGGAACGCUCCCGGCUCACGUACGCCCAGCACCAGGAGGAUGAUGACCUGCUGAACCUGAUCGACGCCCCCAGUGUUGUUGCUAAAACUGAGCAAGAGGUUGACAUUAUAUUACCCCAGUUCUCCAAGCUGACAGUCACGGACGACUUCUAGAAGCUGGGCCCCUUAUCUGUGUUUUUGGCUAACAAGCAGUGGACGCCUCCUCAAAGCAUCCACUUCACUGCAGAAGAAGGGGACUUGGGGUUCACCUUAAGAGGGAAUGCCCCCGUUGAGGUUCACUUCCUGGAUCCUUACUGCUCUGCCUCGGUGGGAGGAGCCCGGGAAGGAGAUUAUAUUGUCUCCAUUCAGCUUGAGAAUUUUAAGUGGCUGACAGUGAGUGAGGUUAUGAAGCUGCUGAAGAGCUUUGGCGAGGACAAGAUCGAGAUGAAAGCCGUGAGCCUCCUGGACUCCACAUCAUCCGUGGUGAGCACUGACACCUCCCUGGGCAGUCAGUAGUGGUGUGGAGUGAAAUCUACAUGAGUUCAGCCCCAGGGGUGUUUACCAGACCCUCUGUCUCCUGCCUGUGUAACAUGGUACAAAUGACUGGACUCCCAGGCUUGUAAUCACUGUAAUGUGCUCACCUUGGGUCAAAGAGAAAAUUGGCAAACUUUUUCUUUUUAAAGACAGGGUCUUGCCCUAUUGCCCAGGCUGGUUUGCAGUGAGUGGUAUGAUCAUGGCUUACUGCAGCCUCUAUCUCCUCGGUUUAAGUGAUCCUCCCACUUCAGCCACACAAGCAGCUGGAAUUAUAGGCACCCACUACCACCCCUGGCUCAUUAUUUAUUUAUUUAUUUAUUCAUUUUUUUUUUUUUUUUUUGAGACGGAGUCUCGCACUGUCGCCCAGGCUGGAGUGCAGUUGUGCAAUCUUGGCUCACUGCAAGCUCUGCCUCCCAGGUUCACGCCAUUCUUCUGCCUCAGCCUCCCAAGUAGCUGGGACUACAGGUGCCUGCCAACGCGCCUGGCUAAUUUUUUGUAUUUUUAGUAGAGAUGGGGUCUCACCGUGUUAGCCAGGAUGGUCUCGAUCUCCUGACCUCGUGAUCCACCCACCUCGGCCUCCCAGAGUGCCGGGAUUACAGGUGUGAGCCACCAUGCCCAGCCCAUUCUUUAUUUUUUGUAGAGACAGGUUCUCGCUGUGUUGCCAAGACUGGUCUUGAACUCCUGGGCUCAAGCCAUCCUCUGACCUUGGCCUCCCAAAGUGCUGGGAUUACAGGUGUGAGCCACUGCACCCUGCUAGCAAACUUUUAAAAAUAUCCUGUGGAUAAAAUAAUCAACUGAUCUAUUUUUCUGAUCAAAUUGUUUAAUUACAAAAGUAAUACAUACUCAUAGUGAAAAAAACAAAAAACAAAAAAAAAUUCUAAUGGUACAGAAGAGCUUAAGACGACCUGUGAAAGUUAAGACAAUCCCUCUGUAUGCCCUAGAGGCAGUGUCAGCCAUGUUCUGGGAGAUUUGGGAAGCAUUUGAGUCUCUCAAGUUCACCUGCACAGUUACCACCUUUAAUUUUCCCCACGUGAGGCCGGGCACGGUGCUCAUGUUUGUAAUCUGAGUACUUUUGGAGGCUGAGGUGUGUGGAUUGCUUGAAGUCAGGAGUUCAAGACCAGCCUGACCAACAAGGCAAACCCUGUCUCUACUGAAAAUAUAAAAAUUAGCUGGGCAUGGUGGUGCACGCCUGUAACCCCAGCUACUCAGGAGGCUGAGGCAGGAGAAUAGUUUGGGAGGUGGAGGUUGCAGUGAGUGGAGAUUGCGCCAUUGCACUCCAGCCUGGGCAACAGAGUGAGACUCUGUCUGCAAAAAAACCCUAAAAUUUUCCCCAAGUGCUAGGGUUCAUGCCACACUUAAUGACGUUCUCCUCUGCACUUUGCCACACUUAAUGACGUACCCUCGACCUUCCCUCUGUAACAACACUCAUUUAUUCAUUCAACAAAUAUUGAUUGAGGAUCAGUUGGGUGCCAGACACUCUCUUAGGUGUCAGAGCUCCAGUUUACAUUACACAGGUAAGGUCCCUGCCCCUCCCCACGAAGCUGGCACUAAGUCAGUAAAUAAAUAGUCAGGAUUUUGAUAAGUGUUGUAAAGGAAAAAAGACCUGUAAUGGGGUGGAAUGACUGGAGAGGAGGCGAGGCUCUAUCUAGGCAGGGCUGGAACAGACAUGAGAGUGACCAGGAGGUUCGAGCCAGUUGCAGAGAGACAAGAAAGGCCUUCUGGGUAGGGGCACCUACAGGUACAGGGCCCCUGCAGCAGAAUAAGCUUCUCCUACCAGAGAGGCAAAAGGAAGGCCUUUUGGCAAGAGCACCAGGACAAGGAAGGGAGCCGUGGGAAGUGAGGUAGGAAGGAGGCCUUGGCGGCAGUGGUGUGAGCUUGGAAGCCACGGGGCAUUUUCAGAAGGGGAACGGCGUGGUGUGAUGUUUGUUUUAUAAGGGCGUCUGCUGCCGGAGACUGGCCAUGGCAGUUGUCCAGGCUGGUGACGUUAGUGGCUGAGGUGAUGGGGGUGGCUGUAGAGUUGGAGAGACGUGAGUGUCCCUGGGACAUAGUUUGGAGGUAGAGCUGAUGGGGGAUUUGUGGAUGAUUUGUGUAAAGGAGACAGUGAACAGGGAGGUGAGGCCUCAGUUUUUGGCUUGAUCAAUCUCAUGGGUAGUGGUUAUUUUUCUACCUUUAAUUUCGUUUUUCUCUUGUUGUUUUUUUGUUUGUUUUUUGUUUUGUUUUGUUUUUGAGACAGGGUCUCACUCUGUUGCUUGGCUGGAAUGCAGUGGUGCAAUCAUAGCUCACUAUAGCUUUGACUUCCUGGGCUGAGGCAAUCCUUUUGCCUCAGCCUCCCGAGUAGCUGGAACUACAGGUGUGUACCACUAUGCCUGGCUAAUUUGUUUAUUUACCUAUUGUAAUUUUUUUUUUGGUAGAGAUGGGGCCUUGAUAUAUUGCCAAGGUUGGCCUCAAACUCCUGGCCUUAAGCGAUCCUUCCACCUCCGCCUCCCAAAGUGUUGGGAUUACAGGCAUUAGCCACCAUGCGCGGCCUGGUUAUUUUUCAUAAUGAUGGGUAAUGGGUGUGAGGGAGGUGAAGGAGAGAGAAAUCAAGAGUCAUGUUUUGAAUGUUUCAGAUGCUAUUAGCAGUCAGACAUAAGCAUAAAGGAGGAGACUGGAUGUGAAGUCUUCAGUUCGAGGAAGAAAUCAGAGCUAGAAAUAAAUAUUUGAGAAUCAUUGCACACGGAUGAUAUUUGAGGCUGUGAGACAAAAUGCAGCUCCCUGCAAGGGGGCUAGGGCUGAGGGCUAAACAUUAAGAGGUCGGUUGGAAGAGAAGCAAGUGCAAAGAAAAUGCAGGAGAGUUCAGAGAUGUCAGAGGAAAGGAGCUUCUCAAAUUAAGAGGAGAAAGCUCUUCAGGAGAGAGUGAUGGGUUGCAUUGAAUGCAGUUGAGAGGUGGAGAAUGAGGUUGGCUUAGCUGUACCUAUUGUAUUUGGCAGCAGGAUGAAAAGACACUUUGGUGGAAAGGUGGCAACAGAAGUCAGUUGAGAGAGGGCCAGAGAGCCAAUGGAUUUUGAGUCCGUGGAUAUGAAAUGCUCAGCAUAGGCAAAUCCAGAGACAGAAAGUAGAUGGUGCUGGGGCUGGGCAAUGGGAGUGGGGAGGGACUGCUGAAGGGUCAUAAGGUAGAAGGUUUCUUUUUGGGGGGAUGGAAAUAUUCUGAAAUUAGGUAGUAGUGAUGGUCACCUAACUUUGUGAAUAUACUAAAAAAUCACUGAUGUUUUGGCAUACUGGCUCACACCUGUAAUUCCAGCACUUUGAGAGGCUGAGGCAGUAUGUUCGCUUGAGCCCAGGAGUUCGAGACCAGCCCGGGCAACAUGGCGAGACCGUGUCUCUACAAAAAAUAAAAAAAAUUAGCAUGGCAUGGUGGCACACACCUGUAGUCCCACCUGCUUGGGGGGCUGAGGCCGGAGGAUCACUUGAGCCCAGGGAGGUUGGGGCUGCAGGGAGCUAUGAUUGUACCACUGCACUCCAGCCUGGGUGUCAGAGCAAGACCCUGUCUCAAAAAUAAUAAAUAAAAGCCACAGAAGGGUAUUAAAAUGGUGAAUUUUAUGCAUGUAUGUGAAUUAUAUCUCAAAAAAAAAUUUUUUUUUUUGAGACGGAGUCUCACACUAUCGCCCAGGCUGGAGUGCAGUGG